CUGAACACUUCCUGUAUGUCAUUAUUUACAUUUUAUUGCAAUGAAACUUUCUUUCUUCCUUUCAAAGUUAGAAUUUGGAAUUAAAUCGCCAAAGCUUUUGCUUUUUAACGUAUGUGGACAAAAUCAAUUCGGUAUGAACGUACGAUUGCAAACAUUUGUUGAACACAGACAGCCUCAAAAAGAAAACUGAAUGUGACGAGUGGAAUCCAGCAAGAUGUUGUCGAAAAAGAAAGAUUCCACAGGCCUAAAUGAUGGCAUUGCUGGCAAAUAUGUGAAGCGAGAUACUCCACCAAUACUUCGAUCAUAUUACCAGCAAGUCAGGCCACCUUCAGGUCAACGCAGAACUGGUGUAAAGACUCCUGCCUCAUAUGUGCCGCAGCAGAUGGUCAGCAGUGCCAAUUUUCCAUUUGCCAGCAAACAGCUGAGUGCUAGGCCGAAAAGCCACAUUGGAAUCCCCAGUUUAGAGUCUAUAAAUACAGGCAACUCUCAGACUAAUGUCCCUGUUAGUUUUGAACGACGGACAGCAUCGCCUAAAACGUCUUCACCUAUUCCGCACCAUAAGAUGGCACAGUCACAAUUGAUCUCUGGUGGACAGAUGGCAAGCCCUGUUUCCGUUUCGUCAGCGACUGGUUCUAACUUCAACUCAGAUGUUUCUGCAGAUAUGAACAGAUUAAGCUUAGAUCCAGGAAUAUCCGAACCGUUUCGUGUUGCUAGUCCACAUAUAUCACACGCCGUAAGAUUAAAUGCUCCUGGCGGUGUAACAAAAUCUGGUUCCUCUCCUGCCUUAAUCCAGCAUCUUGCACAGCCAGGCACCAGCAAUAGUCGAGAGCAUGUGGCAGGGGAAAACACAUAUGGACAAGCGAUUCAAGAGCCCCAAACUUUGGCGUACAGUGGACAGGAAGGUGAAAGGGCAGAGGACAGUAAAGGCCAACUUGUGGCUGAGGGUGGGGCAUCUUACCCGGGAGCGGAGUCAUCACAGAAAUAUGAUGAACUCGAAAUACAGCAAUAUCAUCAGGACAUACGUAAUCACUAUGCCCAGCAGCAGCUAGCUGCCCAGGGUGGGCUGUCCGCCAGUGGGAGUGGAUCCCCGCUCACCAGUGUUGGCCAGGAGAGCAGUGGGGGUAACCUCAGUGUUCCCCUAACCAGCCACAACCUUGCUGCACAAAACUUGGUCUCCAGCCUCUCGCAACAGGGAUCAUCUGGUAGUUCGGGUUACCUGAGUCACGAUGAACUGCCCCUUCCCACUGGCUGGUCAGUGGACUGGACCGUAAAGGGAAGGAAGUACUAUAUCGACCACAUAACGCAGACCACACACUGGAGCCAUCCCCUCGAGAAGGAGAGUCUACCUACGGGAUGGCACAGGAUCGAGUCCAAUGAGUUUGGGGUUUAUUAUGUCAAUCACUACACAAAGCAGGCCCAAUACCAGCACCCCUGUUCGCCCCUGACCCACUAUCAGUUAGGUAACCGUGGAAACCACUUACCAAUCACAUCGCAAGCCCAGCCCAGGGGAAACCUUGUCCCUGCAAACCCAUAUCUAAACACAGAGAUACCAGAGUGGCUGAAAGUGUACUCAAAAGCUCCACCAGAACACGAUCAUAAGCUUAAGUGGGACCUUUUCCAGCUGAACCAAAUGGAGACUUUCGAAGCCAUGUUGAAUAGACUGUACAAGCAAGAGCUCGAGAAAAUAGUCAUGAGCUAUGAGGCUUAUAGAGCGGCUCUUAACCAAGAGAAGUCCCAGCGGUUACAGAGGGAGAAACUAGAGAAUCAGAAAUCAGAGUCUGAGGAUAAUAAUAAACAAGUGCCGGUAACAUCUGGGUCACAAGUUCAAAGGUCAAAUUCUAGUGCAAGCAAAGGUCAGCCUGGAGGUCAGGGUCGUAAUCAAGGCCAAGGUCAAGGUUUGCAGCAAGGAGAUGAUGAGUCUGUGGGUCUGUUUGGUUCUGAUCAAGGAACAGUGUAUGAGAAUGAUACAAUUCUGAAACAACACUUGAAACAGGUUCAGCAACAGCAAGAAGUUGCCCAGUUACAACAGAGGCUUAAAAUGCUGAAAGAGCAGCAGAUGUUGCUACAACAGCAGCAGCAAAUAAAGCAGCAGCAGCAGUUACAGCAGCAGCAGAUGCAAGCUGCAGGUCAGCUUUCGAGUCACGAUCAACUGACGUAUCAGUACAUGAUGAUGAAACGACAACAGCAAGCUGCUUACCAUCAGCAAAUGCAAAAGUAUCAGCAAAUGUUGCUUUACCAACAGCAACAGCAGCAACAACAACAUCCUGGCUUAACCCAGCCACAAUAUGUUAUGUCCCACCCAAACAUUUUAAUGUCUCAAGGCCAAUAUGUGUCUGAGUCACAAAUGCUUGCCAACCAACCAACCAAUACUCAAUCUGUUGCCCAGCAACAAACCAUGUACAGUUCCCAGUUUCAACAAGUGCCAAACAGUGUACAGCAAUAUGCAGGAAACCAGUCCCACCAAGUGCAAGGUCAAGGUCAUCUGUCUCAGUAUCAUGGUCAGCAGGUUCAACAAGGUCAACAAGUGCAGAGCCAAGGUCAUUUGAUGCAAAUGCCUACACAGAUGAUGCAACAUCAAAGUCAAGGAAUAAACCAAGGCCAGAACCAAGGUCAAGGCAAUCUGUCUCAAGGUCAAGCAGUUCCAUUGCCAGGGCAACCACAGCUAGUCACUUCACAACAUGUGCAACAAAUGAACCCUCAACAACAGUUAACUGCUGAGCAACAAAGGCUUAUAGCACAGAACAUAGAAACAAAAGUGUAGAUAGUUGCAUGGACCUUCAACUCUGUAUGGCCAGGAUGUUUUUUUAGAUUCUCAUUCCCAACUUUCACUGUCUGAAGAUACAACCCCUGCCCACCGACCCCUAACCCCCAGCCCCGCACCUUAAUUUUUUGUGAAAAGAAAUUUGGCCAUAAUGGUUGGAAAUCAAGGAAAUGGUACAGAAAAGAAAUUUAAAAAUAGUAUAUUUUAUUCCAGUCACUGGCCCUGUUGUUUUAUCGAUGAGGAUGAGAAUUGAAAAAACCCUAUUCCCUUGGUAUGUUGAUUUGCUAUUUAUUUAUUGGAUGUGCAAAUACAGUCAGCUAUGCUUUUAUAAAGCAAACAGCCCUUUUUAAAAAAUACUGUCUCCCCUCAAAAUUCUUAGUCAUGUUGACAGCAAUAAGUUAAUUAUUGCAUUAUGUUCCAUUUUAUCAUUUCUUUUUAAUUUUUUAAUUUUCCUUUUUGGUAUUAAAAAGUCAUUUUCUCUGUUUUAUCUUUUUUUUAACGUGAUUUUUGUCUAUUUUUAUUAAUAAUAAAGUACAGGUUUUUGUUGACAUGAGUUAAUUUUGAUUCUUAUAUGAAUAAGUUGUCUUCUUUCCAGAUGAAAUAGCUAUUAUUUGAUUUAUUCCUUUAGUCUAAGAUGUAAUUACCAGGCCACAACAUCUCUUAUAACAGGAUUAAGCUAAAUUCACUAUUAUUGUUUUGACUUACUUUGUGCCAUAUUUACAUUCUUAAAGAGAUUUUGGACUUCCAAAGAAAAUCAUCUAUAUGCUUAUCAAAAUGAGGUAUUUUUCAUAUAGUAAAAUCACGAUUAUGUUAGAAGUGUGGUUUAAUGAAAUAUGCUACUUAAGCUUGGUACAAUUAAGAAGUUUCGAGAAAUUGGGGCCAGGUUAUCAGAACUUAGUAUGGCAUUUAUUUGUGUAUUUAUUGGUUUACAAUAUUUCCUUUUAUUUUCUCUUGUUUUUCAUUUUCGGCAAGGGCUUUGUUGUGGAAUCAGUAUUCAUUCAAGAUUAGCGAUAAUUCAUUGCUUUAUAACAUGAAUCAGUAUUGGAAAUAAUUGUAUAUAAUAGCCAUCAUUAGAAUCUUAAGCCCAUAAAUGGUGAGGAUGCAAAUAUGUUUUUCUUUUAUGAUUUCUUUUUCAGAAAUUAAAAGAGACAACAUAGUUUGUGGGUAUUAAGUUUCUAUUGUGAUUUAGAUUUACCGGUAAUGGUAUAAAAUUUGUGAAUCAAUUCAAUUUAACAUACUAGUAUUUGUGAAAACCAUCAAAACACUUCAGUUAUAAUUAUUACCAUGGUUUAAACUUUUAGCUUGACAGGUUUAUCGAAGAGAAAAAGUUGAGGUAUUUUCAUAGGGCCAUUUGGCCAUAACUCAAAUAUUUUAUGAGUACAUUUGUAUGAAACUUGGUGCACUUAUUACAAGGCACAAUGCUGGUAUGUGUAGAUCUUCCCAUAACUUGGGAUUUCAUUAUGGCUGAAACUCCUUUUCAACUGAAAAAUUACAGCAGACAAAAUAUGGUGUUCGCUUUGCGUCGCUCAUGUCACAUUCACAUACUUGUAUUUGUUUAAAUCACAAAAACAUUUGACUUGAGUUAACACUGUUUUCAUGAUGUAAAUGAUUUGUCCAUGACACAGAAAAAAUGUACGAGUAGGAUCUAAUCACCGAAUAUCCUGAAUUUCUUAUCAUGCAUAGUUCCUUUUUUUCUGCCACUUAAUAUCAUAAAGAUAUCAUCCUACAUUGUGUUCCUAGCUUGUGUGCCAUUGUUAAGGUGCAUGUUCGUUUAACAUGACAUUUGUUUAAAAUGAGAGUUAAACCAUCAUCAUAAAAUUGAUUUCAACUAAUGAUGGUUUAAUCUUAGAUUUUCAGAGAGGUAUCAAAUUAUAUUUCAGACUGAAAAUAUCUUAGAUUUUUGGGCAGUCAAUAUCUUAGAUUUUCAGACUAAAAUAACCUUUGAAUUUUUUUUACAAUUGCUAUCUUAGAUUUUCAUAGGCAUCAUAUUAGAUUUUCCAACUGAAAUUAUCUAAGAUUUUUGGGCAGUCUCUAUCUUAGAUUUUCAGAGAAGCAUCAUAUUAGAUAUUCAGACUGAAAUUAUCUUAGAUUUUUGGAAAGUCAUUAUCUUAGAAUUUCAGAGAGGCAUGAUAUAAGAUUUCCAGACUGAAAUUAUCUUUGAUUUUUGUACAGUCAUAAUCUAAGAUUUUCACAGAUUCAUCAUCAUAGAUUUACAGACAGUCAUUAUCUUAGUAUUUCAAACAGAAUUUAUUUAAGAUUUUUGGGACAGUCAUUUUCUUAGAUUUUCAAGUCAUAAUCAUAGAGAAGAUAUUAUCUUAGAUUUUUUGACAAACGCAAUACUAAAAACAGAGUAUUAAGUAACUUUCUUUUGUUUUAUUUCCUGUUAUGGAAAUCAUAUUUGAAUGGUUAGAUUUUUUUUCAAGUAAUCAUUAUUUUUUCUCAAGUUUGAUGUUGUAUAGGCAGAAAUAUAAUACGACGAAUUUAUAGAUGUGGUAUAAAGUUCUGUGCUGUGUCUGUUGUGUUGUACUCUACUAGAAUGGUACUAGUUGAAACUGUAAAUAUAAUGACUAUGCAUUAAUAGUUGAAUCUGUGAUAUUGCUGUAGGAAUUGUUUUGCCAAAAUAAGCUUGCUUAAAAAGUAAGAGUUAGGCUCAUUCAAAUAGUGCUGAUAUGUAAAGUAUGGAAAUUGUGUUAUGGAAUGUUUCAAGAUAAAAAAGUGAUACUGGAAAUUACUUUUUUAUGUUUUUAAUGUUACAUCUUUGCUGUUAUCUUUGUUAUAAAUUCAUACGUAAGUUGAAAUCAAAUCUUUGCUAUAGUGACAACAUUUUGAAAACUGUUGUAAACAAAUACUCUUAUAUUCACAAAGCAUAAUAAACAAAACACCAUGUUGAAAUUUACAUGAAUAAUCACAUUGUGUUUCAAUGUAGUUUUAUAAACUUGUGUUGUAUCAACAUUUAUAUAAAGGGGGGAGGGGGGAUAGAAAGAUGAUAAGAUUAAUUCCUUUAUAAAAUGUAUAAAACACGGAAACACAUUUAACAUGAGUAAAACAAUAAACAUUAGUUAAUAAACUAUGUCUUCUACAUUAUACGCAAAGGAUAUCACUAAAAAAAGGGAAUUAUAAUUCCAUUGUGGUCAUUGAACCCCUCCACCCGCUAAUGUCACAAAUUCUUUAUUUUUUACUGGAGUCCUGUAUAACAAUAUAGAUCAGCUUCUUUGAGAGUCCCUGUACAAAAUAUUGCCAAAUUUUAGUUUCUGUGUACUGUGUACCAUCAGUUUAAAUUCGGAAUACUCUUUAAAAAGCCUCUGAAUACUGCAUACUAAAAGAUAGGAUUUCUGUGUUAGUACUGGUUUCUUCUCAAGAUAUGGGCUGUUGCUUAGUUCAUGUGAGGUGAAUGAUACAGCUGUCUUCAAUAUGGAGCUACUAAAGAACUAGUGUAAAUACUCAUUGGUAAAUAUAGAAAAUAGGACAAUCCUGACUAUGAGGUGAUGGAUAAGUGAUUAUAAUGUAAUAUUUAUUCAGUCACUCACCUAGUUCAACUUUGAUGUGGAUUUUAUUAUUUUUUGCCUUUCCUGGAAAAGAAGAAAUUUUCAGCCUGUCUGUUUUUCAAAAAAAAUUGGUGUUGGUAUUUGGAUAGCCAAGGAUUUUAGUGAGACAUUCGCAUGAAAUUUGGCACGCAUGUUACAUGACAAUGCACAUGAAACUUGGCACGCAUGUUACCUGACAAUGCACAUGAAACUUGGUAUGCAUGUUACCUGUGAUAAUGCACAUGAAACUUGGCAUGCAUGUUACCUGUGAUAAUGCACAUGAAACUUGGUAUGCAUGUUACCUGUGAUAAUGCACAUGAAACUUGGCACGCAUGUUACAUGACAAUGCACAUGAAACUUGGCACGCAUGUUACCUGACAAUGCACAUGAAACUUGGUAUGCAUGUUACCUGUGACAAUGCACAUGAAACUUGGGUUGCAUGUUAUUUGUGUCAAGGCAAACAGAUUAUUGUUGAGCAUGGAUCUGCUUUGCUCUGAUUUAAUUGAAUAGUGUAUUAAAAUAAACAGACUUAACUGUUUAUAAUGUAUAUGUGUUUUGAAUAUUCUGUCCUUUAAUUUGACUUAUUUUUGCUUGAAAAGCUGUAAUAGUUAAUACUAGCAUCAUUCAUUUAAAAAUCGAUGAUUCCUUGUUGAAGGCCAGAGGUCCUUGUAGUGUUUUUAGGUUUUGUUAAUGAACCGUCAGUAGGCAAAUGGCAGAAUGAGGGCUUGGCGCAUUUAUAUCUGGAUAUAAAAAUAGGAGUUUUGCGUGAAGCCUUUGUGUUAUGGCAAAAUAUUUUCAAGUUAUUGCUAGGAAGUUUGAGAUUACUUGAAGAGAUAAACUGUUUCAAUUCUGUUUGGAAUGUUGACGCUGAUUUAAGUGCCUUACUUUGUAACGUGAUUAUAUGGCAGAUACAUAGUAGCAUAUACGUUGUUGUGAACUACAUCAAUAGUUUUGUAACAUAGCAUAAAUGAUCAUAGUUAAAUAAGUUAAUCAUGAGAACUUAUUCAACGCUUUUUUUUUUUUUUUUGGAACAUAUACUUAAAAAAUGUUAAAAUUAAGAUGCUUUGUAAAGAUCUUGCCAUAGAAAUAUUUCUUUUUGUGGAUAUCUAGAAACAGAGUGAAAAGGAAUAUUUUGCAGCUAAACUUUCUUCUUAGACUUUGAGCUGGGAAUAAGAGUGCUGUUCUAAAUAAUUGGAAACAAUGUUUUUGGCAUUUUUGCACCUAAAUUUGGUUUCACACAUAGAGAAAGUGUGCUAUUCUAAAUGAGGUUAUCAUCGUGAUGUGAACAAUGGACACUGUGAAUUCACCAUGUGGUCCCAGUGGCAUGGUUGUCAGACAGGGUUGUACGUGUUUCACCCCUCAGAAUUUAAAUAAUACAUUGGUCUAACGUUGCAAUGAAAAAUGACUUUAUUACUCACAGUAUCAAUGAUUUUGCAUUAGUAACUAGUUUUUGUAGGACUUAAAAACCAUAAUUAGGUUGUUGACUUUAAAAUUAAUUUGUUUUAAUAUGUCCAAGUUUUAAAAUGAAAUGGCUUAAAAAUUAGUUUGUUAUGGUCAUAUAGUGGCUUUGUGCCAUUAUGUUUAGUUCAGUAUCAUUAUGCCUAAAGUAUGUAAUAAGCGAACAAACAACAACAUCUUUUUGUACCUAUGGGUUGUUUUUUCAGAACUUUGUUAAAGUCAACAACAUUGUUAAUGUUAUCAUUAUUAUCUUUCCAACCUUUACUGCUCCGGAAAUUUAAUGGUUACACUUGUGAUCUGCUGUAUUUCUAACAAGAUUUGAGACAACUGUUUCAGCUGUACUUGUUUAUAUUCAAAUAUGUGAGCACAUUUUCAAAUAAUUCACAAUUAAAAGUUAACAGCGAUGUCAUUAAACACUUCGUUAACUUGAACGAAGUACUGAACAAUUAGCCUCUUUCUAUAAGUUUAUUACUCUUAGACUCUUUAUACUUAUUAUACAUACCAAUAUUGGUCUCAUCAUAUGGCAUUAAUUUCGAUUAUGUAACAGUAUGAUUAUUGAUUUUUUAUCUGCCUUAAAUUAUCUAAAAACGAUGCAGCAUCUAUUGUACUGGGCAUUUGUAAAAUAAUCAUUUUUAAGGUAGUAAUAGCUAAAGCUUUGACUGAUUAAAACGCAAUUUCAUUUUUAGGCAUCUUUUUGAUAGUUUGGCAGGUUUAAGAUAAUGGCUUUUGCUUUAAAAGAAUGUUUAUAAAAAUAAUAACCUAAUGUUUUUAAUGAGAUUGUAUAUUUCAUUUGUGCUAAGUUAUUAUAUCUGUUGAAGAAUAAAUUUUCAAUAAUGUGA